AUGGCCUCUCCGACCUCAAAGCGAGACGCGUCCAAGCUCCUUCUACCCGAGUGGGACCCUCUCCCAGUGAAGCACCUGCAUGCGUCGCACGACCUGAUCUCGCUCCUUCACCUCGAUGGGCUGUACAACACGUACGUCCGACCGUACUUCGACCCCGUACCAGAGACGGACGACGAGGCGCCUGGCGGCUCCUUGAAGCGCCCACGGAGGAAGCAGGGGCUGAGCAAAGGCUAUGUUGGGUUACUCGAGGACUGCAUCGACCCAAUGCCGCUCGGUACCAACGCGCAACCAUCCCUCCUCCCACUCGUACCCGAGUACUUGAGACCGGGCGAGGCCCACCCGUGGCAACCCGAGGAGAAUGCGAUGGGGCCCCUUGCCCUCCUCCCGCCCGAGGCCUUCGCGUCGGCACGCCUCGAGGUUGGCGUCAAGGUCGAUGGUUACGCACAAGGCGUCAAGCUCGGCGUCAAGGAGGCCGAGGAGAGGCGCGCGCGCAAGAAGGCGCGCAUGAGCCAGAGCGUAGCCCCCGACCUCCCCGACAUGCCCGGCACACCGGUGCCUGGUGUGCCCAAUCCUCCACCGCCAAAGGCGCGGACGCCAUUCAGUGUCCCACGCAAGCCUGUACAGAAGCCGCCGUUCCCGCGUGCCAGUGCGCCGCCUGGCCAGAGCGGUUUCCGCCCCGGUACGCCGGGCACACCCACUCCCCGGCCUGCGGGCCGAGCACCGGGCACACCAAGCGGCACGAAGCGGCCGGGCGAUGGCCCGUAUCCCACUGCGAAGAAGCGCGCGGUCGGAACGGGGAGCCGCAGCGCGAGCCCGAUGGGCGCGUCAUCCAGCAGCGGGAACGACGUGAGCGUCCGCGGCGUGUUCAAGCGCUAG